UCAGCAAAGGUAAAAAUGAACUUACGUGGCCACGUUUCGUCCAACAUGAAACCACCUGCGUGUUUACGGUCCUGACAGGUGUUUCUCUGACCCUGUAGCUUUAGUCUGUUAAAAGUUGCACCAGCGCAUCUUUACUGUGGCUCCCUGUGGGCAGCCUCUCUCUCAUCACUCAGCUCUGAGGCGCUGCAGGCGGCCUCUCAUUUGCACACGGUGCGAAUGGUCUUCAGUCGCAAGGCUGCACCAGAUAUUUAGCUGUUUGCACCCUGGUUGGUCUGAGAGGAUCCUCAGCGGCUGUUGGAGCAACUUCCAAGCGGAGACAACGAGGCCUUCAGAGGACCACAGCCAGAUUUACAACUUUCUCAAAGUUACUUUUUAAAACAGGUUUGCUCUUUUUUUUUUUUUUUUUUUUUUUUUUUUAAGCACGCUUUUGUUUUAGCCUGGGAUUUUUUCGGCUUUGAGGAAUUUCUUUUCAUCUGAUAAUCUCCAGAACAUCAGUAAUGUCCAAUAACAAGGACCCAGAGAGACUUCCCCUGGUGACAGAUGUGAAGAACGUUUACACCACUGUAGGGAAGGAGACAUCACACAGAGACAGUACCGGUGGCAUCAGACAUUGCCAUGACAACAGCCACGCUCAGGAGGACCGCGAACGAGAGAAGAAAGUUGCCAGGAAGAGGCUGUACGUGGUGUCUGUCGUCUGCCUGGUUUUCAUGAUCGGUGAAAUCCUCGGUGGGUAUUUUGCAGGCAGUCUUGCGGUGAUGACAGACGCUGCCCACCUGCUGGUGGACUUCACCAGCUUUGUCAUCAGCCUGUUAUCCCUCUGGCUCUCCUCCAGACCUGCCACACACAAGCUCAGCUAUGGCUGGCACCGUGCAGAGAUCUUGGGCGCGCUGCUGUCAGUUUUCACCAUCUGGCUGGUAACAGGAGUGUUGGUUUACCUGGCCGUGGAGCGCCUCAUCAGCGAUGACUACACCAUUGAGGGCACUAUCAUGCUCAUUACCUCUGGCUGUGCCGUGCUGGCCAAUAUCAUCAUGGCCCUCACCCUUCACCAGUCUGGCCACGGUCACAGUCAUGGCGGGCUCAGCUCACACGGUCAUGGCCACAGCCACGGCAACAAGAAAAGCAAAGGUUACGAUCAGAUCUCAAACCAUGAUGACCAUGUCGACGUGGAGCAAAAAGGGGCAGACCAACGGUAUGUUUGUAGGCUCAUGCAGGCCAAUGCCAGUGUGCGAGCGGCCUUUGUCCACGUGGUGGGCGAUCUUCUCCAGAGCCUCAGCGUGCUCGUCAGCGCCAUCAUUAUCUUCUUCAAGCCAGAAUAUAAGAUUGCUGACCCCAUCUGCACCUUCCUGUUCUCCAUAUUAGUCCUAUGCACCACCUUCACCAUUAUGAGAGACAUCCUUAUUGUCCUGAUGGAGGGCACUCCAGCAGGGGUGAGGUACAGUGAGGUGCGGGAGGGUCUGCUGGCAGUGAAGGGGGUCACAGCGGUCCACAACCUUCACAUCUGGGCCCUCACCAUGAACCAGGCUGUAUUGUCUGCACACGUGGCCAUAGAUGAGUCAGUGGAUGCUCAGACUGUCCUAAGAGAAAUGACACAGGCUUGUUUUUCCUCCUAUAACUUCCACUCUGUUACGAUUCAAAUGGAGAGACAGGCCGACCUGAGGCCCGGAUGUACCCUGUGCGAGGACCCCAAGAUGUAGGAACCUGCCUCAGUUGUCCUCUGAGUGCAGCCGAAUAAGGUGAUUUGGCUGCUGUAACAAUAUUUAGUUGUUCUGCACUGCCCCAUGCACCCCGGGGUCUUAUGUUUUACUGUGACAUUAACGCCAAAGUCACAUGACUGUGCCUUAAGUGUUGACAAUCCCAAAGAAAUGCCGAUACUGAAAUCACAAUGAGCAUGUGUCUUAAUGAAAGGCAAGCCCAGCUCAGGACGUAAAUGAUUUUAGGACAAUAGCUCUUAGCCCCAUCCUGCUCCUGUGUGAAGUUUUAACUUGUUUAUAAACUUAAGUAUUCAUGAGUUUUUAAGUGUAUUCAUGUUAAAAUAGAAAUCACUAUACACUGUAAAAAUAAGUGUCCAUCUUUUCUGAAUCUUUACAUCAACGAGUUUGUUGACUAAUUUAUGCCUUUAUUCAUUAUUCUAAACAUACAUCUUAACUGCUGUGUUUGUUUACCUUCUGACCUUAUGUGACAAAUCCAGGACGGUGCUAACGUUGUGUUUGUUUGAGCAUUAACCUACUGUACACCCAUUUGCACAAAGUCUGGUACAUGUAAAUAUAGAUAAAUGAAUAUUCCUAUGCAUGGACUAUCAGACCAACAACCUGAGAAGUACUGUAUGUGGAGAGCAUCAGGUAUAUUUAAAUACAUGAUGAAGACACCUUUCCACCGCCUUUGCACAGUUGUAAGGUAUAAACUGAAGUGAAUUAUUCAA